CAAUAGCAAAGGAUCCCCUUCAUCAUCAAAUUCCCAAUUUCUUCGGUCGCGACGCCGACGGGAAGCAAAUCGAUGGACGGCGGCGGCGGCAUGUUGGGCGCCGUGGUGUGCUUGCUGCUGGUCUUCGCCAUCUUCCCCCUCCUCCUCUGGCGCCGCCGCUCCGAUGCCGCCCACCGCCUCCCACCCCAGCCGCUCCAGGACGAACGUGUGCUCCGCGGCGGUCCCGCUCCCGGUCCGGCGGCGCGCCGCAUGCGCCGGAGGCCGCUCUCCACUUCGGCUGACGCUUCCACCAGCCGCGACCGCGAUGUCGACGACGCUGACAGUGACCUAGAGGAGGAGAUCCAGGAUGUCCCCAGGGGUUCCAAGAAGAAGGAGAAGAAAAGGCAAGACCGAGAGGCCCAGCGUCAGGCCGAAGAAGCAGCCCGGGAUUCGAGGAGGACUAAACAAGAUCGCUAUGCAGAAAUGAGGAGGAAGAAAGACGAAGAGCGUGAGGCACAAGAGAGACUUAUGGAAGAAGAAGCAAGGGCGAGGAAAGCCAAAGAGGAGGAAGCUGCUGCCUUGGAAUUUGAGAAAUGGAAAGGAGCCUUCUCAGUUGAUGCUGAAGGUACAACAGAGAGUGACACACAAGAUGAUGGCCAGGGUUUGCUCCACAAUUUUGUAGAGUACAUCAAGAACCAGAAGUGUGUUCCUCUAGAGGACCUUGCCGCAGAGUUCAGGAUGAGAACACAGGACUGUAUCAACCGGAUCAUUACACUUGAAGGCAUGGAUAGGCUAUCUGGUGUCAUGGAUGAUCGUGGGAAGUUCAUAUACAUAUCUACUGAGGAGAUGAAGGCUGUCGCAGAUUACAUCAGGAAACAAGGGAGGGUGAGCAUAUCACAUUUGGCCAGUAACUCAAAUCAAUUUAUUGAUUUGGAGCCAAAGCCCCAGUACAAUGAGGAGAGCAAUCUCGAUGAGAAUGCCGCAGCAGGCACCGAGCUUUGAGGAGACACUUGACCUCAUCUCAUCGCCCUAGCAUACCCUCCCUUUAUGUGAUAGAUUGGGUGGCCUUAUGGCGAUGACAAAGUUUGCUAACCUGAGCGAGGACUAAGGAUUUGUAUGAGAGUUGGUUCUCACAUGGUAAAUAUCAUGAAGGAUGAGCAAGUAUAAGGUUGGAAGAACAGAGUAUGCACUCUGCUUUUGCAGACUUGUGCAGCCUAUUUUACUAGUAGUACUAGUUCAUAGCGCUCUUAGGAACCUGUGUGUGCUCUGCAAUGCAAAACUAAUUAUUACAUGCUUCAUGAGCUGACAUAUUUUGUUGUAUAAGAUAACUAGACGAGAGCAAUUAAGUUGUUGAUAGCUUUUACCCUGAAAGAGUGGAGAGAUCAAGACAGAGCAAGGCACAUAUAUAUGAUGGUUUGAGCUCUGAAAGCUUUGGGACAUGUCACCGGAAGGAAGUCUCAAGGAAACACCAAUUCUCCCUUCUUCCCUUGGUAUAGAGUUUCUGUUUCAGAUCCAUGAUUGUGUAGUACAAGUGAACUUACACGGCUAAUCAUCGGAUAAUACUGGACGCUUAAAUAUACUAGUAUUAGUUA